CAACACCCACCAGGAGUCGAGAUAACCAUCCCAGCAAUGGACGCCUCCCAACGAAGACAACAAUUCGAAAUGCUCGAUGAGCCGGACGAGAACCAGGCCGGCGGACGCCCACAGCAACAGAACAUGAACAGCAUUAGCAAGAAGCAAACCUGGCUUGUGCUUGGAGGGUCUGCUAUUCUACAACUGCCAAUCUGGGGCUUCGCAAUGACCUUCGGAAUCUUCCAAGAAAACUACGCUCACUCUUCAACCCUCCCCUUCCACUCCACCUCCGCCUCUGGCAUAAUCGGCAUGUUAACCAACGGUGUCAUGUACCUCCUCAUGCCCUUCCUCUUCACUCUCCUCGACCGAGGCCGCUUCUCACCCUAUCGCCGUCUCGUCGCCACAAUCGGAACAAUCAUUUCAGCCCUCGCUUUCCUCCUAUCAUCCUUCAGCACAGAACUCUGGCAUCUAAUCCUCACCCAAGGAAUCCUCGCCGCGCUAGGCAACACAUUGGUAUACAGCCCAACAACCCUCUACCUCGAUGAAUUCUUCCCAUCUGAAGGACGAGCUACUGCGUAUGGAGCUAUCCUAUCAAGCAAGAACAUUGCCGGUUCUGGUUGUCCGUUGAUGUUCUCCGCUAUGCUCACGCACUGGGGAUUUCGUUGGACGUUGAGGGCUUGGGCCUUGAUCGUUCUGGUCACUGGUGGGGUCGGCCUGGCCAUCAUGCCGAAACGGCCUUCUGCUUUCAGGAGAGGGGCACAAGCUCAGCAGAAAGUUCCUUGGACGUUUCUUCGUCAUCGGACAUUUUAUGUCUAUGCUAUUGCGAACGCGAUAUUUUCUUCUGGUUACGGAAUUCCGCAAACAUACCUUUCUUCGUAUGCCAAGGAGAUUUUGGGACUGUCAACGCUGUCGUCCAGCUUGAUGAUCACGCUUUUCAAUGCUCCGGGGAUCAUCUCCUGCGUGGGCUUCGGACUGCUGUUUGAUCGAUUGAACGUUUCUGCGGGAACGAAUACUUUCAUCUCAGCUUUUGGAUCCGCAAGCUGUGCACUGUUCUUGUGGGGCCUAGCAUCCAAUCGAAUCCCGGCUGUGCUGAUAUGCUUCUCCUUGUUCUAUGGUUUCUUCGCCGGAGGCUACAGUUCCACAUGGGGAGGCUGGAUCAAAGAAAUGGAGAGUGAAGCUACAAACAAUAACGAGGCGAUCAAUACCGGUAUGCUGUACGGUCUACUCAAUGGUGCGAGAGGUGUGGGGUAUGUUGUAAGUGGCGUGGCUGGAGUGGAGUUACUGAAGAGCGGAGGCGUUACGGAUGCUGAGAGAUGGGGUUAUGGGACGAGAUAUGGGGGUCUGAUCUUGUUCACAGGCCUCAGUUGCGUUAUUGGUGGAUGGAGUGUGGUCUGGCGCGGAUGGAACUUAGCGACAAAGUCGCUCUCUGCUUGAUGAUAUGGGCUGCAUCCGUGCUUGUCCUUGCUCACAGUACCUGGAAUAUAUCUCUUUCGUCAGAGAGGUCAACACCGGACCUUUGUUUCUCUGCAGCAAUACAGGAC